AUGAAAAACCACUCGACAAUUCACACAAUAGGCGCCGAAACAUUCGAUUGUUCAAGCGUCCUUGAACCGUACAAAUGUCACAAAUGUCCGACAUUUGUGACGCCAUUUUUGUCACAACUGAGGCAUCACAUCGUUCAAGGUCACACAUCACAACGUGUCAAAUUGACACUUCACAAGUGUCCCCGGUGUGAUUUUAAGUCGUUUUCGCGGUUUUUGUUCUCGAAACAUUUGAAAAGUGUCACACAUGAGAGAAAUGACUUUUACGAGUGUAAAAGUUGUGAUUAUGUGACUAGAAGUGUUCCCCGUUUGCGGAGACACGUCAUCGCGAGACAUACGGCCGAUUCUGAGAUCGAGUGGUUUCAGUGUGCGUAUUGCCCUUUCAAGGGCAAACUCCGGGGAAACCUGAGCCGACACGUGCAAAUACACGACCCGGAUUUCCGGUUUGCGUGCCAGUUUUGCGACUACAAGGCCAAAAGAAGUGAUUAUUUGAGACAGCACUUGUAUGGUCGGCAUAUGUCCAAAAUACUGCGCGCGCACAGUUGUGAUCAUUGUGAUUUUAAGAGUAUAGAUCGCGCUCGCUUGAAGUCACAUCAAGUGGCCAAGCAUACGGUAAAGUGCGACUUUGACUACCUCCAGUGUAGCCAAUGUCAGUACAAGACGCCGUUUAAGUUCGUGUUAAACAGACACGUGACUAGCAAGCACGGCCCUGAUAGGCUCAAGUGUGACCAAUGCGAGUUCGUGACGAAAUACAAGCUCAGUUUACAAACCCGUUUUCUCUCUCUCUUGAGGCUUUCCAAAAGGCCCAACCGCAACCCGAUCUCCGACAAAGCCGCCCGGAAAAAGGACAUUACAAAUGUAAAAAUGAUGUAA